CGUUCAUGGAGUAUUGACCAGGGCUUACUCCUUGAGAGAGCUGUGUCCAACCAAGAAAUCACCAGCCCUAGAAGAGAUUCUGAAUGUCUUCCCACAAUGUUUAGUCUCUUGCAUCCAUUAGAUGAGCCUGCACCAAUAAUAUGCAAGACGGGUGGAAUGGGGAGUACGAAGAUUGGAUUAAUGACAGACUACACUCAGCAGGUCAUCUUCACAACCUCUGACCCCUCACUGGUUAUGACCUUUGACUCCAGUAUGGGAUUACACUCUGUAUGGCAGCUUCGGUAUGCAACAGCUGAGGAGAUUUGUGUGGCCUCCAAGAUACUGGACUUGAACACCACUAACCUGGGUCAAACCCCUCGCCACAGCUACAGCUCAGGCACACUAGCUGGACUAAGCGCUAGUGCUCAUUCACGUCUUAGUAUGUCCAGUAUGUCACCUUGUAUGUCGCCUUACAGGGGUCUUCCAAGUAGAACGGCUUCACCUCUUGUCUUUUCCCGUGGGCAGAGUCCAGCACUGUCAGUAAUGGCUGCCUUAAGCCGGACGCAAUCUCCAGCAACCAGCGCCCUCUAUAGUCCUGCAUCCAGUAUGAUGUCACCAGCAAGGUCAACAUGGUCCCCGGGUGGCAUAUCAAUGACUUCCUUGAAUAUGACCUCCAUGAAUAUGACCUGUGGAGAGGUCAAGGAGCCUUUGGCCCCUGACCUUUGUCUUGACCAUUGCUGGACGGAGCCUAUCGUCAGCCACAGGGAGGGAAUUCUGGGUAAAGCAACUAAAGCUUUCCUAACUACAGACCUCUGUGGACAGCGCUAUCUCUGCUAUUCUCUCCAGCACCGCCACCAACUUAAAUGCGUUAAGUUUGGAAGGAGCAACGACCAAUCACAGCUCAUUUUUGGUAGCUUAGCAACACUGAUGGUGAAAGAUGCAGUGCCUCUUGAUAGUUUAGACAUGAUGGUGGUGCUUGAUCUGAGUAAUAGCAUCGUUCUUUACUCUGGUCUUGUCAAGAUUGGCAAAGUUCACAUCUCCGGGAUUGUUCCGUCGUUAUCUUCAAGCUUGCCACGCCCCAGCACCCCUCUUGAUAGCCCCGCCCCUAUGACAUCAUCAAGGCCAUCCAGCAGUGCCCAGGUCAUCAUGGAUGAGGUUGUAAUGCUAUCUCCAGUUCCUGCUUUUCUUGGUGAUAUCAGAACUAAACUACAGGAGUCAACCUGUAGUGAUGAGUUUGCUUUUCAUGCUGGUGGCAGUAGCAAUAAUAGCACUAGCUCCAAACACAUCAUAGGAUUGAGAGACCCUGUGGCAAGCAGGUUUACAGUGGAGUUAACCGGAGGGUCCAUGCUUAGGAUGAGUAUUCCCCCAGUGACAUCAUCUCCAAUCGUUCAAUUGUGUCUAAAUGCUAUAAAGUAUGUGCUGCCACGAGAUACAGCCUUGCAGUUGGUCACCAGAUGGUACAAUACCCACAAUGCACCCGGUGGUCCCGGCAGCCAAUCAGAAUGGCUCGUCUUUUCAAAGUGCCUCCUCGGAUCGAUGGGUUAUAACGUUGAGAAGCUAGCCAUCUUCUCUCAGCAUGAGGUGGAUUCUCCUACCUCCCCAAAAGUGGCUGCCAAGAAACACAAGACAUCAGGAUUAGAUGAGGAUUGGGAAUCCCUUCUGAGUUCUGAGUACCACCGGCUAGCCUGUCCCACCAUUCUGGAGUCUAUAACUGGAGCACAACCCUAUGGAUCCACCAGCACCAGUGAGAUACACCAGGCUAAGGUUGAUACUGGUAGUCUGCUAUUCGCUCAUAUACCUGCUGUGGUGUUCGCUUUGCAUCUUGUGUACGAGGAGCUGAAACUCACAAGGUUUUACUUGGACAGUGCUCAAGAGUUGGUCGCAGUGUUGUACCAAGUUGCUAGUGAUUUGAAAUGGGUGUCCUACAUGGAUUACUAUUAUCGGUGCCACUCUGAUCUGAACACUAAUGCGAGACAGCCCAGCCAAAUGCAUCAAGAGCAUCUUGCCCAAAUGCAAUAUCCUAGCUACUGUACAAGCGAUCCUCCAAGCAUGUACCAGUGGCUUCAUGGAUCGCUCAAGGGUAUCCCUCAAGACCCUUAUCCAUACGUUGAUGACAUCUGUACCAAUUCUCACAAGAUCAUGAUGCUCUACUCUCUGUACCUCAGCCAAGAUGUCUGUAUGAUGAAAAAUCUCAAGAAGACAUUCAGAAGACUUUCAUCAGCAGGCCAACCCGUGAAGCAAUCGGACACAAACACCCAGCUGAGUGACUUCAUCAACGCCCAUCAGGAGCUGAGCGGAGCCCAGAGGACAGUGCUCUUCAUGACCCAGAUAGGGUUUACCCUUAAGGAUCUAGAGGCUCUCUCACUGGGCGUAGCUCUCCCACUCUGUGAGGCUAUCUAUCAGUGUAGGGAGAAACCACCAUCCUAUUGGCCGGAAGAAGCCUAUGUGCUGAUGAAACGUCAAGAUCUGUCCGCCCAGGCGAGGCUUCUGAAGGAGAAGAAAAGAAGAUUUGCGGAGGUUUUAGCCGACAAGGACUCUAAGCAGGAGGAGGACGGGAUGAGUCACUUGGAUCAGGAACUGUUACGUCUUCGUUUCCCGGAUGAUUUGAGAGUUCAAGAAGUCCGCCGUCUGUUUCAGUCGUCCAAGCCAGCGAGAAUCACACUGGUGCAAAAGCCUGAAGUCAGUGAUCAUGAGUUUAUUGAGGAGCAAGAGAUGAGGUUACUAAUGGUAUCCAUGAGAACGAUGGCCUUGUCAGUUGGGAGGGGCAUGUUUACUCUUCGCACCUCUCAUCCUGUCGUCACAGAAACCCUUCCAAUACCAAAGUUGAAUUUAUCAGGCCGUGCGCCACCGAGGAACAAUACCAUAUCGUUUCUUCACAUUGAUGUUCCGGCAAACAUGAACGCCUGGCCUUUAUUUCAUAAUGGAGUUGCAGCUGGACUCAAAAUAGCCCCUGGAUGCUCUCAGAUUGAUUCCACGUGGAUUGUGUAUAACCGUCCAGCUGGUGCAGAGUUAACCAAUGAACAUGCAGGCUUUCUAAUGGCUUUAGGACUCAAUGGACAUCUAUCCAGUCUGGCAACACUCAAGGUUCAUGACUACCUAUGUAGGGGACAUGAGAUGACAAGUGUUGGACUUCUACUCGGACUGGCAGCAGCAAAGCGUGGCACCAUGGAUGUUGCCACAACCAAGAUGCUUAGCAUCCACAUCAACGCCCUCCUUCCUCCGACAUCCACGGAGCUAGAUAUUCCUCAUCUUGUCCAAGUUGCAGCCAUCAUGGGUGUGGGCCUGGUGUAUCAGGGUACAGCCCACAGACACAUUGCUGAAGUCCUCUUGGGAGAAAUAGGGCGACCCCCAGGGCCUGAGCUUGAGCACUGCACUGACAGGGAAUCCUACUCCCUAGCUGCCGGUCUAUCCCUUGGAAUGGUCAUGCUUGGGCAUGGCAGUAAUGCAGUGGGGCUGUCUGAUCUGAAUAUGGCUGACCAACUCUAUCAUCUAAUGGCAGGCGGACACAAAAAUCAACCAACGGGCCGAAACAAAGAGAAGUUCAAAUCACCAUGUUACCAAAUCAAAGAAGGCGACCAGGUUAACAUUGAUGUCACCUCACCGGGCGCUACACUGGCUCUUGGUCUCAUGUUCUUCCAAACAGCAAACAAGGCUGUAUCGCAGUGUUUGACAGCACCUGACACUCAAAUCCUUCUGGAUUUUGUUAAACCGGAUUUUUUGCUUCUCAGGACGCUGAGUAAAGGUCUUGUGAUGUGGAAUGAGAUCGAACCGAACAGCGACUGGAUCCAGAAUAAUAUUCCUGAUAUUGUUAAGAGGUAUGCCUUCAAGAGAAACAUAGCUGCCAAGGAAGAUGUUGAUGCUGAUAUAGAUUUCCAAAAAAUGAGCCAAGCCGAGUGUAAUGUACUGGCAGGUGCUUGCAUGGCCAUGGGGUUACGAUUUGCUGGAUCUGCUAACAACAGUGCCUUCCAAUGUCUGCUUCACUAUGCUCAGAGAUUUGCAAGCUUGGCUUCACAGUCAAUUUCAGAAUUGGCUGGUAAAUCAACUAUUGACACAUGUCUGAAUGCAGUUCUUCUCUCUGUUGCUAUGGUAAUGGCAGGCACUGGCAACCUCGAGGUUCUCCGCUUUGCUCGUAAGCUUCACUUCUUCAUCGCUGGUGAUAUGAGCUACGGUAACCACAUGGCAUCCCAUAUGGCCAUUGGGUUGUUGUUUCUAGGAGGUGGUCGCUACACGCUUAGCACCAGUCCAGCAUCGAUUGCCGUUUUGAUCUGUAGUCUAUUCCCAAGGUUUCCAAUCAACGGCAAUGAUAACAGGUAUCACUUACAGGCGUUACGUCACCUCUACGUCUUAGCUGCCGAGCCUCGUGUUAUUAUACCUCGAGAUGUGGACUCAGGAAAGCCCUGUUAUGCUCCACUGGAGAUUGUCUACAAGGAAAGCCAAUGGUAUGGAGAGCGCACUGUUAAAAUGCUGGCACCAUGUAUCGUACCAGAGCUGAAACAUCUUAAGCAGAUUAGUGUAGUAGGGCCGCGGUACCUUACGGUAACACUGGACACCAUUAAAAAUCUGAGAACACUUGAAGAGAUCUUCAAAGCAGACGGUACUCUCUACGUUAAACAACGUGCUGGACAUCUGUCUUAUGCCGAGGACCCAAAGGGGUAUAAGAGUUUGUUGGCGCAGACGUUUACCCAUGAUGCAUCAUACCAGCAGUCCAUGGAUUCGGAGGUCAUCAGGUCAUUCACCUCUGACCUUGCUAUCCUGGGAUUUUCAAGGCAUUUCUGUCGGCACAUUUCAACUGGGAAUGAAGCAUUCCUUGAGACACUACUAGCAUCUUUAUUAUAUGAAUGCGUUACAAAGGAGAAACCAUGGAUACUACAGUCACUCAUUGAAGUACAUCAGGUCGUUGAUAGCCUGGUAUCCAGACCUGACACCCAUACGCUGUGGCAACUGAAGCUGCUACUUGCCUAUUACAACGACACCCAUACCAGGCUAGUGUCUGGUGGCAACGGUAGCGCUUACCCCAAAACACCUCUGGUAAACGCUGACCCAAAAACACCAUUGGUAAAUGCCGAACCAAAAACACCUUGGGUAAAUGCCGACCCCAAAACGCCAGUGGUAAACACCGAACCCAAAACGCCAGUGAUAAACUCUGACCCCAAAACGCCAGUGGUAAACUCCGACCCCAAAACACCGCUGGUAAAUGCAGAGAUGUGUGUGAAGAUCAAGAGUCAUCUGGAUCAUUUGUUUGAUUUGUGGUUUGCAGAGAACAAGAUGCCAUUGAUGAAUUACUUAUCUCAAGGAGUCAUCUCUGAGGACCAAGAAACCAGGAGGCAACUGGCUAAGUUUAUGGUGUACUAUGGCAUCCCUACCCCAAGUCAGCUUUCAGAGGUCCCCCUACAGGGGUGUGAUUCACUUCCAAGCCUCUACACUGCACUAAAAGGCUUCAAUCUCCCAGUAUCAGCGUUGAUGAAACUCCUAUCUGUCCUACAAGCUGCAAGGUGACACAUAUAUUCAUGACUUGUCCCUAUUGUAUAAAUAAACCAGACCAUGUCGCAACUGACAAAUUAAAAGAAAUUAAAGCUUGGUGUGUAUUCCCUGGGGUUACCGUUGCCCCAAGAGAAUAACGGUCGGUCUUUUCACACUGUGGUUAUAGGGUAAACAAAAUCCCAGGGCUUUCUCUGGGCUGCAUUCACCGGGGAUAAAAGGAUACAGUGUGAAAUGGUCUUAUGCAGCCCAGACAUUGUGGGAGCCGCCUAUCUCUAUUAAUCACAUACCUGAGACCACACUAUGCACUCGCAAAUCAUCUUGAAUUGGAAACAAAAGGUUCUGGGAUUAAGAAUUCAACAUCAAAAUCACUUAUUUCAAAAAACAAAAUUUCUAAGCCCACAUUUUUGUGGAGCUUCUUGAGUGAGAGUUUUGAAAAUAUCGUUGCCACGACGAAACCAUGCCUUGAGAAAGAAAAGACAACAAAGGUUGCCAUUGAUUGGCCAUGAUAUCGUUGCCACAACGAAACCCUGCCUUGAGAAAGAAAAGACAACAAAGGUUGCCAUUGAUUGGCCAUGAUAUCGUUGCCACGACGAAACCAUGCCUUGAGAAAGAAAAGACAACAAAGGUUGCCAUUGAUUGGCCAUGAUAUCGUUGCCACAACGAAACCAUGCCUUGAGAAAGAAAAGACAACAAAGGUUGCCAUUGAUUGGCCAUGAUAUGCGGGACUCACAGACUUGGCUCCCAUGUGCCAAAAACAAUAAUAAACAAUCGGCGAUAUUGUACAGCAACUUUGCUUUGACCUAAUAUUAAAUUUAAUUUAAAAAAAGGUUAAAUAUUGUACACAAAAACAGGUUAAUCGCUCAACUCUUCUCAGGUUCGUAUUUGUUGUGUGUAAAAACAUUUCUUCCCGUUAUGGAUGUAAUAGUUGCAUCAUAUAACGAAUAUCAAAACCCCAGUAUAUGAUAAGCAUUGUGUACUGUGUGAGAGUUCCUAUGGAGAAAAAAUCCAGCGUUUACUGGAAUAGGGUUCAAACCUCAACACUAAUGCUCUACAGCAGAGCUCUCUUGACAGUAGACCACUAUUCAUAUUUGUUGUGUGUACAAAAAUUUCUUCCAGUGAUGUAAUAGUUGCAACAUGUAACAAAUAUUAAAUUUGUUGGCUCUUCUCUCAAGACCCCAGUCUAUGAUUUAAGCAUUGUGCGAUUUCAGAGUUCCUUGAGAGAAAAAAUCCACCAUUUACUCAAGUAGGGUUCGAACCCCAACCCCGGCGCUCUAGAGCAGAGCUCUAAAAGGGUGUAUGUAACUUUUGUAGGACAAAAAACACAAUCUCCACAGAUUUACAUUAAACUUACACAGUUUGAA